CGAUACUAACGAAGCCUUCCAUCGACCAGGCGUCGUUAUAAAGAACCCCCCUUUUACUCACUCUCGUUCAUAUACACUCUUUGUGCUCUCCGCCAUUCCCUAAUUCCUAGCUCCGAUCUCAGAUCUCUUUCCCCCUCUCGGCGUUUCUCCUAAAUGGCGUCUUUCACUGCAACCUCCAUCUCCAUGACCUCCCUUUCCACCCCUUUCAAGCAGCCUCUGGUCCCUUCCAGGAUCUCAAGCCCUAACUCAGUUUCCCUUUCAAUCAGAGGGAGAACUUUCCCAUCCAUCACAUUGCAGCCCAGAGUACCUCGGUUUCAAGUUACAUGUGCCGCCAAACCAGAGACAGUGCAGAAGGUGUGUGACAUUGUCAAGAAACAAUUGGCUCUGUCAGAUGAAUCUCCUGUCACUGGGGAGUCUAAAUUUUCGGCACUUGGAGCUGAUUCUCUUGACACGGUUGAAAUCGUGAUGGGACUUGAGGAGGAAUUUGGAAUUAGCGUGGAAGAAGAGAGUGCACAGACCAUUACCACCGUUCAAGAAGCGGCUGAUAUGAUUGAAGAUCUUCUGGAAAAUAAGAGUGCUUGAAAUAGAGGGCGCGCAUGAUGGCCAUCUUGGGAUUUUUUUUUUUUGGGGGUUAUUUUGUUGCAAGGGGUCAUAAACUUCGAAAUUUGUCUUGAUACUUCAGUUUGAUUUUUAUCUGGUAACUGCUAGAUCUCUUAUAUAAACUCUGCUAGGCGCAACUGUAUUUCUCUCUUUAUCUUUGUAGAACUGAAAGCUAUUUAUUCUGUUGAAAAAAAGAUUUGAUGUUGGAGUUCUUUUGCGUCCUAAA